AUGGUGGUCGAAACGCGACGGGGUAAGAGGAAGGAGAAUCCAACGGAGGAAGAGGCUCCGAGAGUGAAGUUUGCAAAGACGGGGUCCGGAGAAAAUGUGGAGAAGACGACGACGGAGGAGAGUGAAACGAGGGCGGUGGAGAUUGUUGAAUCGACGGCAAAGACGACGGAUGAAUCGACGGCAAAGACGACGGAUGAAUCGACGGCAAAGACGAAGACGACGGAUGUCUCGACGGAGAAGACAAGAAAGGACUCGACGGAGAAUACGGCGGAGAUAACGGAGCCGAGUAAUGUUGCUGCAGAAGCUGCUCCGACGACACUGAACAAAGGUCCUGGAGAUGAAGAGAAUGAGGAAACCGCUUCUGGAGAUGAAGAGAAUGAGGAAACCGCUUCCGGAGAUGAAGAGAAUGAGGAAACCGCUUCUGGAGAUGAAGUGAAUGAGAAAACCGCUUAUGGAGAUGAAGAGAAUGAGAAAACCGCUUCUGGAGAUGGAGAGAAUGAGGAUUCUGAAGAAGAACCUCCAGAUGGAGAGAACGAAGUGAAUGCACAUUCGGAAGAAGAACAAGCAAAUGUAGAAGGAGAAGAUGAAGCAAACGAGAAUGGGAAUCCACUUGAACCUCAGGAUUUGGAUGGAAAUGAGGCACCCGAGGCAAUCAAACCAACCAGAAUGUUCUUCAAUCCAUCUGAGUACAAGAAAAAAAUAAAGCUAGGGACGAGGUGCAUGAUAGCUAGCACGAUUAAGACGCUAAGCAAUCUGAAACCGAAGCUGUCUAACGCGGAGUGGAACUGGUUCACAGAGUAUCACUACAAGAAAAAUGGGCUUUAA